AUGAAUGCACAACUAUUGACAGGCGAGGACAGCAUAACAGGGCCUUCUGACAGGUACCUGGUGAUCCGGUUAAAGCAGCGAGAUGUCAUGCGCAACCCCGAUUUUUGUUACCCAGACCUGAUCCAAGGGCAGUCAACUCAGUCCCCAAUACUCCAUUUCUCCGUCACUUACAGACACCCCCAGGGUCUUGUCGAGCCCGGCCCUGAGUUCGUUGUCAAUCAACCAGCCACGGAAAGUCAGUCGUCUUUCGAUUGGCAAGAGACAGUUGGUGCCGACCCCUAA